AAUACCCGCAGAGAGUAUUCCUGGACGAUGUUGUGUUGGCAGCCAAAACAAGCUCCCAGCAGCAGUUUGAGAAGGAGUUUAGAGCCCAGUUCCCUCGUCACAGCAACCACCCGACCCGACCCGGUAGCCAGUAGUAGAGAGUGCCAUCUCAUUAGCCGCCAAGAUGAUGACACUGCAACUGACGCGCCCAACACCAUCCAUUCGCUUCUAUUCUAGACCCGUGUUUCCUCCGAUCCGCCACCGCUUCCACCACAUCGGUUUUCACCUCCACCGCCACAAGGCCGCCGGUUUUCCUCGGCGGCGAACGCGUUCCGACCGUCCGGCAACCGUGUCGGAGGUUUUGGAGGGGAGCAAAGACGGCGUUUCCACGGACCUGGAAGCUGCUCCGGUGAGAAUAGUGGUUCUCGUAGGAGAAGGUAGUAUCAGCCCUCUCAGGUCUGCGCCAUGGCUCCAAGUUAUGCACCACACUGCAGAAAGAUUGAAAUGGGUUGAUGAAGGAUUUGAAAUGGUGGUGUUUAGUGACAAAAUCCUUGAAUCUAGUACUUCAGCAAGUGAAAAUUUGAGAAGGGAAUUAAGCCAGGCAAGUAUUUUGGUGACCGUUGCUGUUACAAACCAAGAAUCAGUCAAGUGGGUACAGGUCAACACACAUAAUAUACCAAACAUAAUCUGCUUUGACUCCUCCCCAACAUUGCCAAAUAAACUUGGGGGAUCACUUGUUCAAACAAAAACUAAAGGAAGCAUAUUUGGGAAAGUUGCUGAAUUUUCUUGGACAAAAAAAGAAAAUGAAUCAAAAGAAGUAAUCCGAACUAUUUCUGACGCUUGGGAACGGCAUAAUUCUGAUGAUAUUAGGUUCUGUUUGUUAGUUAUAGUAAAUGCCUAUGUUAGACCAGUUCCAAUACUGAAGAAUCUUAGAGCAAAGGGAUUUUCUACCCUGAAUUGUAUGGUAAAGAAUUGUGGUUCUCAGAUACUCAACUGCCUCUUGGAUCCUAACUGUAGGAAAGCUCUUCAGUGUUUGAAUCAAUGCAGUCCAGUGGAUCAGGUUUGCAAUUACCGCUGUAUUGCUUCAUAUGAAAGUCAACUGCUAGAAGAGUUUUCUCUGUGUGUAUUGCAGAAGCACAAUUGUCUUGAAUUAGAUGCAAAAAUCCCUGCAAAACCUAAUGUGCCUCCAAUGGUUAAGUUUCGGGAGAAGGAUUUGUGUCACGAAACUGCUGAGGACCUUUUUGUGGGUUGGUUGGGGAGUUUGGAAUGGAGCUGGCGUGUCGUAGCUGGGCAAAACCCAGCUUAUGAUCAAUUUCCCUGCCAGUACCAGCUAUUUUAUAGGGGGAAGGCAAAAGGCUCAUUUUGGUAUGAACCAGUUUUUCAGGUCAGAACCCUAGAGGGGAACUUGGUUUGGAGAAGGCGAAGAUAUCGAGUAAAGAGAGGCAAAAUUGCAGGGACAUUUUACUUCAGCGUGUUGGACAAUGGGGUGGUUUCAAAUGAGUUCUGGACAAUUGUGGAUGUCUCUGACAAUCUUAGUUGGGGCUUAUUUCAUUACCAUGGAGCUGCUCGAGCUGCAGGACAAUCCUACACGGGGGCAGUGCUUGUUAGCCCAAAUGGGGAUUACCCGGAUACAAUGGAGAGCUUGAGGUUAGGUUCUGCAUUGGAUAGAUGCGGUAUCAAAGAGUGGGAGCUAUUUAAUGUUGAUAAUUGCUCAUGCCAAGAUCCUCCGCUGGGGCUGCCUGAAGGGUCACGCUUGCAUUGUAAGAUUGAAGUUGAAGAUCAAAAAUCUUCUCAUGUCUAAGAUUAAGUGGUUGGUGUGCUAGUCAUGCACAAUGUUUAACCUGUAUGUAGUCGACUUAAGGUGACAGAGAUGAACUUUUAAAGCAACAACUGCUGAAAUGCAAUGCUUGGAUCGGGUAUUAUGUUAAAA